GCAAGUUCCCCGAAAUCUUCAAAUCAAUUAUUCAUUGCUGCCGGAUUGAAUCCAUUUGAACGAAACCCACUGCAACUGCACAGCGACUGUUGAUACCGGCAGGGAGAAUCUCAUGUGCACUGAAUUCUGUUCCAGCGACUUCUAGUAUUCAGUGUCCAUUCUCUGUCCCUCGUGUACCACUACGGCCCUACAAUCAAAUCCAGCAGCCCAACUGCAACCAACAACACCAACAGCAGGAGCAGGAGCAGGAGCAGGGUAAACUCUUUCUCCCUCCGCCGGGCUCAAGCCCUGCCGCGACUUUUACUCUCGACUCUUGUGCUUCAUACGAAGCCAACACUACUAGGACAAUGUCCCGUCGUCCUCCCUCCGACGCCUUCACCCGCUUCACCUCGACGACACCGCACGCGAUGCAACGGCCCGCAACGACAUUUACAUAUCAGCCAGCGUCACGGCCGGCCGCCGAUCCCUCUCGACAAUCACCCUCUUCAUCAUCACAACCAACUACUUCUCGCUCGCAAGGUCCGCCGGGCGAGACGCCACAGGAGAGAGUUGCCCGACUCCGAGCGGCCGCCCGAGCGGCCAAAGAACAAGCGGCCUAUUCACCACUAGAGCGGGCGAUCGAGGUUGGACGUCGCGUGGCCGACCGCGCCCACCGGUUCACGACGUAUGGAUUGCUGCUGUUUGCGGGCGUCUCGACCGUCGUCGCCAUCUACGGAACAACCAGCUUGAUUGCCCACAACCGUCGACAGAAGCGGGCCUGGAUCGAGCGCGAGCUGGACCGCCUAGAUGAGGCCCGCCAGGCGUUCCUGAAGGGUGAAGCCAACGCCGAACAGCUGCAUCUGUUGGAACAGGAACGGGCAGGCCAGGAAAUGGAGGCCGCCAGGAAACGCGAGGCCGAGCGGAAAAAGAGCGAGAGCUACUGGAGCAAAAUCAAGGGCAUGGUCGGCGUCCAGAUGGCAAAGGGCGACUUGGGUCAGGAGACCGAGGCCGAACGCGCAGAGAGAGAGGCGAGACAGCUCAGGCGGCAACAGAGAGAUGCCGCCGCCGCCCAAGAAGGUUUUAUCGAAGGCGAGGUGCGGCCUGUGGCUGUGGCCGUCGCGGAAAGCGGCAUCAAGGGUGUUGGCAUCGACUCCAAGGGCAGACCGGUGCCGGCGGAUAAAGUGGAAUAUGUUGCGGCCAAGGCUGAAGACUCGAGGAGGACCGGCGAGAAAGAUGUCACUGCACGCACGGGAACCAAGGGCGGUCCUUUGGAUGCUCUAGCCGAGAAUGUUGCCGAGGCCGUCAACCCUUCGACAGAAGGUCAAGGUUGGCUGAGUUGGCUCAGGGGCAGUAGAUCUUAGGUGCAAAGCAUGGGAAAAAGAUAGCGGUGUGAUGUGCAAAAGACAUCAAUUGUGUAUUGAUUGAAAUGGUAGCGCAAUGUGCAUAAGGCUGGCGCUGCUGGGUCUGAAGGGACAUAUCAACUCCUGUAACAAGACAAAACUUCUAAUCCUUCAUGUGCCAUUUCCUCAGCGGUAGGACGAGUUGCCGACCAUGCAGCCCCUUCUAUGCUAUACUAGUAACGUGUCUUCAUGCUCUCA